UAAGAAGCCUAGACGAGAGGUUUGAAUUGCAACGUUGUCCACAACUUGCCCAACACGCGUUCUGACUGGCCAAUAAUGGCGACUUGCAACACUCUUAUAUUAAUGCUCUUGGGAGUCGCGUGUGCAGGGGCUGAAAAAUUAAAAUGUCAAGGAGAGGGUAGGUUCCCCAAUCCAAAUUUAUGUGGAGCAUACUAUGACUGCACUCCGAACAAUGCUGGUGGCUAUGAUAUGGUAAAAGAUGAUUGCAGAGGCUUCGCAUACAAUAGUGGGGCUAGACACUGCAGUGAGAAAUUGUGCGAAACUCGAAUCAAACGCAGUGUUACUUCAGAUAAUCAUCCUUAUUCUCGUAUGUGCGAGGGCCUGUCUGACGGAUUCUUGUGCGCUAACUGCAAGACGGUGGUCGUGUGCGUGAAAGGGCAAGCUUUCAUUCGUCACUGCAUCGACAAUUUCUUCUGUUCGGAGUUGGCCCAGUUUGGUGGCGGUGUUUGCUAUCCAGAUCAUCCUGCGGAAUGCAAGUGUGUAAGCCCUAACGACUUCAGGGUGGAUCCCUACGACCCUCAAAGGUUCUUCUCUUGCAGGGAUGUGGGUUCAAAACCAACUCAAUACAGAUGCCCAGAGGGUAUGGUAUUCGAUGAAACGGCCAGAGAAUGUAGCGCAAAUGAUUUGCCUCCCUGCAGCACUUCAGGGACUUUUGCGAAGUCUAGCAACUGCAGUGAAUACUACACCUGCAUUGCUGUGAAAAACGGAUGGCUGCAGAAGCACUACAUCUGUGGUGCAGGUACAGCGUAUAAUGCUGUCACUGGUACUUGUGAAAAUCCUUGUGUGCUCCUCGAAUGCCAGAACGAGGGACGUUUCGCUGACCCUUCAAGCAAACACAAUUACUUUGAAUGCUACAUGUUGGGUGGUAAGUUGAAACAACUGCGUUACACCUGCCCCGAGACCUACAGGUGGGAGGUCCUAUCCCCAGGUGUGGGCAAGUGUGUGGAAGACCAUGGGAAAGACUUGACUGUUCGCCCCUACGGUGAAUGCACAAUGCCUAAAGACCUCUGUUGAAGGUCUUGAACAGACCUAUUGACGUGCGCAUCAACGUUAAUUUUAAAUACUGUUACGUUAUUUUAAAUAUAUAUAUAAGAUAUUUGUUAA